AUGGGCAAAAAAUUUCGAUGCGGUUGUUCUGGCCAAUCAAAAGAUCAGAAACUUAGAAUCAGAGACACUGAUUGUAAAGAUGUGGCUACUAUUAUUGAAGCUCUCACAGCCGAAGAAAUACUCAAACGUUUGACAAAAAAACCAGUGUCAAAAGCACCUAUGUUUAAAAUGAAACCAUUCAAACCGCCACACUUCAAAGACACAUGCGUCCCAAUGGUACCAUCCAUGCAUACUAGGUUAAGAUACAUUGGUCAUUGUCCUGUGGAACCACCAAUCUCGGAGAGGCGAUUGCUUAAAGGUGUGCAGUUUCAGUCAAGCUCUGAAGAUGAAGAUGAAAAUAUCAUGAAGAAGGAUAAUCGACCUUUAUACAAAAAAAAAGUUCGAUAUGUUGACUUAAUGCCCGGUGACAUCUUGAUGCCCGCACCUGUUCCCAUCGUUAAGCAUAAAUCUUCAGAUACAUCUAUUUUGAAUGUACCGAGCCCUAAGACAAGUGGUGAAAUUAUACGUGCUGAGCGAGCAAUUGCGAAACCCGGUGAAAUAAGACCACCUCUACCUCCGAAAGCUGGACAUGAGUUAUUCAAACCGCACAGUGGUCUGAUAGUAAAUAGGGACAAAAGUUUCGUACCCGAUAUUCACGUUGUUCCAGCGGCCGACGGAGCGACAAAACGCAAAGUCUGCGAUAGAAAAAAAUGCCGAAAAUACAGAGCAAUGUUACGUAGGAAGGGGUUCAAGAGUCAGAAAAGAGGCCGUACAUCUUAUACAAACCGGGGUGUUACUGACGGAAAACCACGAGCUCGAGGUGCAAAAAAGCUGCAUAAUGACGACUCGGCAUGUGGCCUUGAUGAAAUACCAAGACCCCAACAUGUAGAAAUACCAAUGAGUUUGAAGAAAGGCAUGCUGCAAACCCAUUCUCUAACAGUUCUACCUUGCACAAAAGAUAGAAGACCUGACAUUCAUUAUGGCAUUCUAACAGGAUCUUUUAAUAUGUAUGAUUCGAAAUUUCCCGGAAGAUCCAGAGGUCGUCAAGCUUUAACAAUGAGUGUAAUGGCAUACUGUUUAGCCUUCCAUUACCACCCGAAGCAAUGGACCAUGAAACUUGUUGAUAAUUUAGUCGAUGCUGGCGAUGUUUGCGUUGCGUCACGUAAAUUUCAAGAUAGAAGGAGAGAGAUAUUUGAAAAUGCAAGAGAGAAAAAAAAAAGGAAAAUGGGAUCAGCAAAGUAUAUCCAGUGCUUAGAAAAAGUGCAUGACCAUUCAGCAGUUCAAGGUAUAUGCGAAGUACUGCCCUUUGGAAAGAAACAGAUACUGGUGUUAAACGGCAAACGUAUGCAAGUUCUGCUAGGCGAACCUGACAUUGUGGGAUAUACGAUGUCCCUGGACCCUAUGGUAUAUAACCUUUGUAGAGGAUUGAAAGCAUUCUUCAAAGAAAAUCGAGCUGGCGUUAUGAUGUCAAGGAUCAUGAAAGUAGUAAUAUGGAAGGACAGGGUAUGUUAUUACAUUUUUGACCCCGCCGGCAGAGAUUCAAGGGCUUAUUCCAAUUUUGCCUCUGGCCAAGCCGCCAUCAUGAACGUAAAAGAUUUGAAUUCCGUGGCUGAUAUUCUUUUAGCACGCAGUAUACUCGGUGACCAAAAAUUCGUUUUGGCUCCUGUUAAAGUUUUGAAAAUGAUUGAUGAAAAAGCGGACGAAGAUCUUGAAUCUGACAAAGAACUGACAGCAGCCGAAAAAGCUAUGAUGGGAUAUAGGAUUUUAACCGAAAAUUGUGCCAUCGUAAAUGCAAACAUGCAUUUGGGAGAUAGAUGCUUCGAGGAUGCUAAGUAUAGACAAGCAAUACCUAUAGCUGUUGUAGCAAUGACAUAUGCCAAAAUAUCCCCACCAAAUACAUGGUUUUCGAAAACAUUGGAUAAAGUUUUACGCUUGGGUAAUAAGCUUUACGUUGAUUGUGCACAUCCAAAGGUUGUGAUUGACAUAACAAUUGACAAUAUUCCUAACGAAAUAUUUAUUGGUCCGUAUGCGUGUGAGAUCAUUAUUUAUAGAGAAAGAGUAAAAGGACAAUUAUUUGCAACAAAGGAAUGCUUUUUGAAUAUAAAAACCGGUUUACAAGAACUUUUUAAAAGUGGAUACAAUAGUGGAAUUUUAGAAUUUAAUAACUAUGCGAUGGCUGUUUGGAGGCAAAAAGAUAUGUACUAUUUGUUUGAUCCUUACCCACGUACUAAUGAUGGAUUAAGAGCCUUAAAAACUGGUAAAGCGUGUUGUUUUAUGGUUUUAAAUCCUGAAGCAUUGGCAGAUGUUAUCACUAAAAACUUUGAUUAUUUACCUGCCACUACACAGUUUAACAUUCACGCUUUUAAGGUGUUGAAACUGAAGAAGAAACAGCCUAAGACGCAAAUUGUUUGUACACUGAGCGACGAAAACUUGCCUGGAAAGGCGAAGCGGAAAAUUCUGGAGAUGGCUGGCGAACGCGGCGACGGUACGGAGGCAUUCCACAACGUGGUGCCAGCCGAUAGCAAACUCUUUGAGCCGACGCCUAAACCUGGAGCUCCCCAAGUAGACGAAGAACAGAUGGGUGAUAUAAUAUCACUAGUGGACAGUAUUCAAGAAGAUUAUUUACCGCCAAUACCAUUGAAAUAUAGAGUUCCUGAUACUUCGGUUGAACCUAAAGUUGUUAACUUGGAUUCUCCAACGGUAUCGGUGACGCAAGUGGUGCCGCCUUGGCCAAAGCCACGGGACAAGACAAAUGAACCCCCAGAGCCUGACCCUGACCCAGAACCUACUCCACCACCUACACCACCUCCUGUCCUACCACCUGAAGGAGGAAUUGAAGAGGAGGAAGAAGUAGAGGAGGAAGAAGAUGAAGAGACCAUAGCGGCCAAGAAAGCUGAAGCAGAGAGGAAGAAAGCGGAAGAAGAGGAAGCGCGCCGAAAAGCGGAGGAACUUCCACCGCCACUGCCACCACCGCCGCCGUCACCCCAACCCGAGGCUGAAGUGCCGUUGGCACCACCAACAUCAGAUGUUAUGGACGAACUUGAUGCUGAAGGCGAAGUCGAAGCACUUGAACCUAUAAAUGUAGAACGCCGCAUACUACUUACAGAAGACGCGCGGAGAAGAUAUAAAUUAAGACAAAUUCGAAAGAAAAUGACGCCUCCUCUCUCUGAGCCUAUUGAUACUACUGCCCCUAUCGACAAAGAGCUCGCCAAACCUAGUAAUUUCAAAGAUUUGCCUGAUAGGUCUCAAAUAGUUAGAGGGAGUAGCGCCCUUGCAGCACCUGGUGCCGUUGACUCCUUAGAUGUACUACCCUUUGGAGCGAUCAUGGCAAUAGUUACUUCUUUUAAGUACACCAUUAACACUUGGAAUUCAAAUAUAGUAAAUUUUGUCGUUGAUACAGCUAAAAAGUUAUAUGACAACAAGGAACAGAAGUUCCAACUUGCUCCUGUACAUAUCAUACCGAAAAUUGCUAUUGGACAUCAGGCGUAUCACGCAACUAUCGACGUCAUUGGCGAGGGACCCAGUUGGCAGCUAGAGGAGUACAUGAGCCGGAAAUUUUUUGACAAUUACGAUAGAGGCAUGGUGACAACGGCUACAUACAGUUGUGCGUUUUUUAAGAGAGCGAACCUGUAUUACUUAUUUGAUGGCAGCGCUUGCAAUGCAAUGGGCUUGCGUACUGAGAAGAAGGGAGCUAAAGGAAGUGCAUGCUUUUUACGAUUUAGAUCAUUGCAUGAACUAGUGAGCAGGAUGCUAUACAACAAGGAUGGAAAAACCGAAGACCAACAAUUUGUAAUUAGUAGAAUAUUAGUUCGAAGACUUCUGCAGGAACCCCGCGAAGCAUUGCCAGAAGAUUACGAUUACGAGGCUCGUAAACCAAAAUCAUCAAAGUCAAAGUCAACUAUUGUUCCAGCCGAUAAGAGAAAGAGUAGCGUCGCUUUCAUUAAGAUUCCACCAGUAGUUGGUUAUCAACGUGUCGAUGGGGUUUAUAGAAUAGAGGGUACAACAGCACUUACUGAAAGGAAGCCUAGUACAGAUAUUAAAUCCUGCCACUUUGUUAGUCUAAUUGCAAUGUUAAUGGCUGCCAUGCAUCCUAUAAGAACUUGGGAUCAAUUCAUGAUAGACACCUGCAUCGAGAAAGGACUUGAAAUAAAAGAAAAAGCCACAAAUUUUGCUGUUUGUGAAAAAAGAGUCAUCAAAAAUGUUAUUUUGGAUGGAAAGUUUCUCAACGUCAAUAUUAAAAAAAUAUUGGUCGUGAAUGAAAAUCCUGAGAAAACACUAGAACAAUAUUUGAAAGCUGUGAUGAGAAGGCUUCGCUAUGUUAUUAUCAGAUACCCUCAUUGCAGUAUGGUAAUAUGUCACACUGAUGGAUUUUUCCACCUUUUUGAUCCAUAUCCACCACCUGCUGAAGAGCCAGCAAAAGACGAUGUUAAUAAACCUUCAAAGAAAGGCAACGCAGUAGCAACAUGGACGCUAUACCGUUCACUGGAUUUUCUCAUAAAACGAAUACGCAAAAUGUUACCGCUAUCAACAUCAGAUAGCCCGGAGUUUUAUACAUUCGAGCUUACAUCCGUUAAAACUGCUCCACGACAUUCUGCAUUAAACUACAGGCUUAGUCCACUCUUUAAACCGGAUGUAAAUCCGAAUGAACCAUAUUUGAAACGCAGAAGAGCCAAACCUGCUGUGAAUGAAAAAAUGUACUGGUUAAAUAUUGAAUUAAUACCUUGGUCUCGAAUGUCUCCUACAAAUGGCCUAGGAUUGCCGCGUAACAUCCCAAAGACUUUGUGGAAAGAUUGGGAUAUUGAAUUUCCUGGCGACUUAUUUUCCUUAUGGGGAUCAAUUCACUCAACAGAUAAGAGAUUUGAUAAAGAAAAUCGUGGACAACAGUAUCUUGCUACAACUGUGCUUGCUGUGGGCUUGACAGAAACUUGUGAACUAAGCGCUUGGACUGGUGGGUUCCUGGACGGAUUAGUUAUAAACGGUGACAAAUAUCACCAGAAUUAUUUAAAGAAAGUGGGCUCUGAACGUAAUCAAGAGAUUUUACUUGAAAAAUUGGAUUCUAAAUUUGAUGAAAUAAUUAUGCCCGCCGGAUCAGAAGGACAUUCCCGCAAAAAGCUCAUGGGGCUUUAA